AUUUAAAAACAUUGUGCUAAUGCAGUUGACCCACUUAAUAUGCGGCCCAAGUGUUCUGCUCUUGCUGGUGCAUUUGUCGGAUGGCGCGAAAAGAACUGGUUUGGCAACUUCCUUUAGGGUAAAGAAAUGCCUCAACGUCACGGCCCUAAAGAACGUGAAUAGAAGAAAGUUAUUGGGUGUUUGGUUCGCCUAUGCAACUACUCCUGUGAAUAUACCCGUCUACAAACGCCGUUGUGCUUCGUACAAUGUUCAGGAUAGUCCGUAUUUCGAUACCAACAUCGUGUACACGGACUACAAGCACGUGGUGAUCACCUAUGCCUGCAAGUACAACAAUAAGAACAUGCUGUACGAUCUUAAGUUGCGCGUUUUGACCCGCACUCGGACGCCUUUGGUGACACAUUUAAACAAUGCUACACUCUUUCUAGAGGCACAUUCCUUUCCAAUUAGUAAGUUGGACUUCCCCAAAGCCAAGGCGUUUUGCUUUGAGUGGUACAUGUUGAAAUAUCACUUGAAAAGCAGACCGGGACGAUUCAAUGCCCCCAUCAACCGGGUUUGGGAUCAUUGACGAUGUGGCCGUUGAUGACAGCAUGAAUUAAUUGCAUAACUAUCGCUAAUUAUUACAACAUAAUCAAUGAAGGAGCUGCAGGCGUGGAGAGGAAAUCGUAUAAAUUAAUUAGCUGGGCUGGCCCAACCAAAAUCAAUUACCAACGACAGUUUCACUUGACUGAUUGGGCCCGGGUCCUUCAAGGAACCCAAUUGUGCUGAUUUCAGUGUCCUUGCUCCCAAAACUCACAGACAUAUUCAUAUAAAUACAUACGUGUACAUACAUAUAUCGACACUAAAAGAAAUUUGGGCAUACUCGUACAGUUCAUUCUAUGCCAUUUGCAGUCAAUUUGAUUUCCAUUGGUAUACACACAAAUGGAAUCUAGAAAGUGCCUUUCUUGAACUAUAAUAUAAUAUAUA